GGCACCUCCCCUUUCUGCAGAAGAACCUUGCAGGAUCAGUCCAGAGAGUGGGUCUCCUGGCUGUAAACACUUCUUAUGGAGAGUGGAUAUCAACUGAAAAUAAAGUUAAAAGAUUCAGAUUCGAGGCUAAUUUGGAACGACCAGGAUUUUCUGUGGUCCCCUCGCCCUCAGGACAGCCCAGCCCGACUUCAAUAUCUCCAAUGGCUAACGAAGCUCAUCCUUGUCCCUGUGACAUUGGCCAUAAGAUGGAGUAUGGAGGGAUGGGGCGUGAAGUUCAAGUUGAACAUAUCAAGGCUUACGUCACCAGAUGCCCCGUUGAUGCUGGCAAAGCUGUGAUUGUCAUUCAAGAUAUAUUCGGUUGGGAGAUGCCCAAUACCAGAUACAUGGCUGACAUGAUCUCAGGAAAUGGAUACACAACCAUCGUUCCAGACUUCUUUGUCGGGCAGGAGCCAUGGGACCCCUCUGGGGACUGGUCCACUUUUCCAGAGUGGUUGAAAACAAGGAAUGCCAGGAAGAUCGACAAAGAGGUGGAUGCAGUCUUGAGGUAUCUGAAACAACAGUGUCACGCCCAGAAAAUUGGCGUGGUGGGAUUCUGCUGGGGAGGAGUCGCUGUCCAUCACGUGAUGAUGACAUACCCAGAAUUGAGGGCAGGGGUGUCCGUGUAUGGCAUCGUCAAGGAUUCUGAUGAUGUGCACAGUUUGAAGAACCCCACGUUGUUCAUUUUUGCAGAAAAUGAUGCUGUGAUUCCUCUUGAUCAAGUCUCUUCGCUGACCCAGAAGUUGAAAGAACACUGCAAAGUGGAAUAUCAAAUUAAAACAUUUUCUGGGCAAACUCAUGGGUUUGUGCAUCGAAAGAGAGAAGAUUGUUCACCUGAAGAUAAGCCCUAUAUUGAUGAAGCAAGAAGAAACUUACUCGAAUGGCUGAGCAAGUACAUUUAGCAGCGGCCAAUGCAAACUUUUCUCAAGAUAGCGUUUGUCUGGAAAUUGGCUUUGAAAUAUUUAAUCAUUUUAUUCUAUUUCCAUUUUGUAUAAAACAAAUCAAGGAAUCCUGAAAUUCAUUACUUCCUCUGAAACACAGAUUCAGUAGGAAAUGUUAAUGUACGAAAUAAUUUUUUAACAUGUACCUAAAAUAGCCCUGACUGAUUUUGCUCAGUGAGUGUCAGCCUGCAGACUGAAGGGCCCAGGGUUUGUUUCUGGUCAAGGGAACAUGCCCAGGUUGUGGGCUUGAUCUCCAGUAGGGGGUGUAGGAGGCAGCCAGUCGAUGAUUCUCUCUCAUCAUUAAUGUUUCUCUCUCCCUUUUCCUUCCUGUCUGAAAUCAAUAAAAACAUAUUUUUUUAAUGUACCUAAAAAAAAAUUUAAAAAUGGGUUAGUACCUGAAGAAUUUGAUUGAUAGAGUAAUAUCCUAAAACUAGUAAAAAUCCUGGGGCUAUUCUGAACCAGCUGACAGCUCAGGUGUGACCUUUCUGUUCUUCAGUGGAGGACAUCUUUUAAAAUGACUGAUGUUGCAAAGCUAUGGAAGCAUGAACUAUAAACUCAGGUAGUUAAAAGCCCAACUUAGUUAGAUGUUUAUCUUUGUCUUAAUACAAAUGAAUUUCACCUUCAUAUAUUGCACUAUGAGAACCAGAGAUUAAAAUAGGGGUCCAUGGGCCUAAUUAUAUCAAGCUAGUAAACUUUUGAGUUUUUGAA